AUGACCACUGUGAGAGGACUCAUAGCUGUAGCAGUCAAAAGAGGGUGGAACAUGUUUAAGCUAGAUGUAAAUAAUGCUUUCCUUGAUGGAGAUUUGAAUGAAGAAGUGUUUAUGGAGGUCCCUCCUAGACAAGUAGUAUCUGAACCAAGACUAGUCUUUAGACUAUACAAGUCUCUAUUUGGCUUGAAACAAGCCAACAUACAAUGGUAUGCAAAAUUGAUAGAAGCACUGUGCUCAAAAGGUUAUGAACAAUCCAUGCAUGAUUAUUCAUUGUUAUACAAGAAGAAUGGUACAUCCUUUGUAUAUGUAGCAAUAUAUGUUGAUGAUGUGAUACUCACAGGAACAGAUCUUGAAGAAAUAAAGCUUUUGAAGAAAUUUUUACAUGAUAGCUUCAAAAUCAAAGAUCUAGGAAGACUUCAGUAUUUCCUUGGCCUUGAAAUUCUUUAUAAGGAUGAUGAGGUCAUCAUUUCCCAAAGAAAAUUUGUCAUUGACCUUUUGAAAGAGUAUAAUUGUCUCAGUUGUAGUUCCUUAUCAUCUCCCCUUGAUCCAAAUGUGAAGUUAAAAGCAAAUGAAGGUGCUCAUUUGUCAGUUCCCAGCUGUUAUAGAAAAUUGGUUGGGAAAUUGAAUUUUCUGACUAACACAAGAUUAGACAUUGCUUUUAGUGUUCAACAUCUAAGACAGUUCAUGCAAGAUCCAAGGGAACCACACUUGAAGGCAGCAUAUCACCUAUUGAGGUACUUGAAAGCUGACCCUAGCCUAGAAGUCUUCUUCUCCAAGAAUGAUGAUUAUACAGUGAGAGCAUACUGUGAUUCUGAUUGGGCAUCAUGCCCAGACUCCAGGAAGUCAGUGACUGGGUAUGUUGUUCUACUGGGAGAUAGCCCUAUCAGCUGGAAAUCAAAGAAACGAGAAACUAUUUCCUUGUCGUCAGCUGAAGCAGAGUACAGGUCCAUUAGAAAGGUGGUUGGUGAGCUAGUGUGGUUACAAAGGCUACUUGAAGAGCUCACGAUCUCUUUAUCCAGUCCUAUUGCAGUCUUCUGUGACAGUCAAUCAGCACUUCACAUAGCAAGGAACCCAGUGUUCCAUGAACGAACGAAACACAUUGAGGAACUCUUGGGUAGCUGCCGAGAUUGGCGAAAUCAAUUAGAAGGAAAAGAGGCGCGAUUAAAGGAAGAAGCAAUCAAUCAUGAAGAUACUGACGGGAUCAAUGAAGGCUUAACUAAAGGAAACAAAUAA